CUACUAUGUUGAAGAUGUUACAGAGCUUUUUAAUGCUUGGUGACCAGGACAUCAUGAUGCUUGGAAUCCAACGUUAUCUCAAGCAAUAUCAAUUCAAAAAUGCUGUGACCUCUGACCUCUGGAAUGCCAUAUCAACGGUUGCCAAGGAGAAUGGUCAUAAUGUAGAUGUUGGUGCUAUGAUGGAUACUUGGACACUUCAGAUGGGAUUCCCAGUUAUCAAUGUGACCAAGACAGGCUCUGUAACUCAACAAAGAUUUCUCAUUUUUCCUCAAGGAAAGGCCUCGGAUGAGUUCUCUUCACAGUUUGGAUACAAGUGGACUAUUCCUGUUACAUAUUACACUGAUACUAACCCUGAAACCAAGACUGUUUUUAUGGAUCAUGAUCAAGCAAGUGUGAAUCUGCAUGUAGCAGGCGCUCGUAAGUGGUUCAAAGUUAAUAGCAAGCAAUCUGGGAUGUACCGUGUGAACUAUGACAAAUCAACCUGGAAAGCUCUAAGUGAUCAACUUGUGACUGAUCAUACUGUGUUUGGUGCUGCUGAUAGAGCUCAUUUAAUUGAUGAUGUAUUCAGUCUAGCUUGGGCUGGAUAUGUGAACUACAGCAUUGCUCUUGAUCUGUCAGGGUAUCUUGUCACUGAGUCUGCAUAUGUUCCUAUACAAUCAGCCCUUGAUUCAUUGUCUUCUGUAGGAAACUUGCUCUAUGGGACUGAAGGAUAUUAUUACUACAAGAAAUAUGUGCUCAAUUUAUUUCGUGAUCGUGUUAAUGCUCUUGGGAAAGAAGAUACAGGAGAACAUCUUGACAGGUGCAAGAUUGUAGAUUUAGACUUGUAUUGGUGA